AUGAACGGCUACGGCGACAACCCCUACGGCCAAAAUUACGCCACGGGCGGUGGCGCCUCGGGCGGCGGAGGCUUCAUGGCCGGCAGCCAGGGCGACAGCCCCAGCGGCAAGCGCGCCGGCAACAGCACGCUGCGGCCCGUCACGAUCCGCCAGAUCCUCAACGCCGACCAGCCCCAUCCCGACGCCGACUUCACCCUCGACGGCACCGAGCUCGGCCAGCUCACGUUUGUCGCCGUCGUCCGCAACGUCUCGCGCAACGCCACAAACGUCUCCUACUCCAUGGAGGACGGCACCGGCCAGAUUGAGGUCAGGCAGUGGCUCGACAGCUCCAGCGACGACAACCAGAAGGCCAGCGAGAUUGACCAGAACAUGUACGUCCGCGUGCUCGGGACCGUCAAGUCGUUCCAGAACCGCCGCUCGGUCUCGGCGGGCCACCUGCGCAUCAUUGAAGACUUCAACGAGGUCAUGUUCCACAAGCUCGACGCCGUCUACGCCCACCUCUCGCUCACAAGAGGAUCCGCAAACGGCGGCGGUGUCGGCGGCGGCGUCGGUGCGGGCGGCAUCAAAAAGGACGUCGGCGGCGGCUACGACAUGGGCGCCUACAGCGGCAACGCGGGAGGCGGAUUCGCCUCGGACCAGUACAAGGACCUCGCGCCGCUCCAGCAAAAGGUCAUGGAGUUCGUCACGGCAGAGGGACCCACGUCGCCCGACGGCGUCCACGUCGGUCUCAUCAACAGGAAGCUCGCCGGGACGACUCUGGACCAGAUCAGGUGA